UUGGAAAAACAUCUGCCGGAAGUGGAUUUUCUAGCUAUAAAUACGGAUAACUGUUGGAGCAUUGCCAUAGUCGAAUAGGACAGCAAGAUGAAACAAGUGAUCAGUCUAGUGCUAUUCGGAUUGUUCUGCGGCAGCGCAGUGCUGACUGACGCUAGCGAUCAGAACAAACCGGAUGGAGCGUCCCAAUCUGGCCGCAUUGUAAAUGGAAAAGCAGUGAGCAUUGUUAAAUAUAAGUAUGCCUUGAGCUUGCGAGUUAACGGUGUUUUCGAUUGCGGAGCUACCAUCAUUACUAAUUCGCAUUCGUUGACUGCUGCGCAUUGUGUGUAUAAGUAUCCGUCCGAUCCAUCACGCGUAACUUUGUAUGGAGGAAGCACAUCCACUUCUUCUGGUGGAAUUGAAGUCCCCGUGGUCAGUAUAGCUCUUCAUCCUAAUUAUAAUCGUAAGGCGUUUCCCGCUGCAUCGGAUUGUGAUGUAGCUGUCCUUACUGUUCCUGUGAAUUCCUUCAGCGGAAGGCCAAACAUGGCCCCAUUAGCGCUGCAAACCAAUGAGCUGCCGGUCGGUACUGAGUGCUUCGUGAUUGGAUGGGGACGCACAGGUAAUAAUCAACCAGCGUCUGUAAAUCAAUUGCGCUACGCCAACAUGAAUAUUGUGUCACAGAGCACUUGUGCUACAAUGUGGGCUGAAUAUCGCAAGUUGUGCGGGACAUGCAAGCAAUCUAUUACCUCGAACAUGAUUUGUGCCAAAUACAACAAUGGUGUAGACACGUGCGGUGGAGACAGCGGCGGUGCGUUGGUGUGCGGAAGUGGAUUGGCGGGAGUUGUGUCGUUUAGUCAUCCUAACUGUACUAGCGCAUGGCCAGCAGGAUUUGCUAAAAUUACUGCACCAAGUAUUCGUAGCUUUAUUCGCCAAUACGCUGAAAUCUAGAUUAUAGGAUUGUUGUAUAGCAGUAAUAAACAGAUGUGUAGUCCUUUAUUGCGUGAAAUUAUGUGUGUGUGCGUAUGUUGUUCUUCGUCUAUUUGGCAUAACGUCCUGCGCGUCUAAAUGUACAGGGUUUUCCAGAAGAAUAAAUAACGUAUACCAUCAACAAGGUCCAUGAAAGAGAACAGGCUGACCGUAGCAAUAGACGAUGCGCAAUCUCAGAUUGCGCAUAUAUUUAUCUGUCAAACGGGUCGGUUUGAUAUAUUUAUCUGUCAAAAAAUAUAUAUAUAUCUCGGACAUAUAAUCUUGAAAAUUUAUGCGCAAUCUUGGCGCAAUCUGAAAAUGUAUGGAAAUGACGUUUAUAGCUCAGGGUUGGCUACGCGAAAUGACUUAUGUUUUGAUAAAACGAAUAUAUGCGCAAUCUGAGAUUGCGCAUCGUGUAUUAAUACGGUGAAGCGUUUAGCGCCAUUUGACAGCGAGCCAUGGGAAAAUUUUGACAUUUCAAAUAAACAUUGUUUCUGGUCGUUGCUAUAGAUCGAAUUGGAGUCUUUUUUACUAUUUUGGACUCAUGUUUUGUUCCUAAUAACAUAAAUUCUAUGUUCUAUGGCUGAUUUAAUUCUAUAAUCUCUUAUAUCAUACGUCGCCGGGUACCAAGCAAAGGACGGAGUUUAAAAUAAAUUAGCGCGUGGCCACGGAGCUGAAAAAAUGUUGAAAAAAAUUUUCAACUUUUUCAAAAUUGCUUGUCAACUGUAAAAAAGAGCUUUUCUCGUGGCCGCACCAAAAACAUACACAAGAGCGACAAAAAGCUCCAACAUCUGAAUAUCAUCGAUAUUUUGUUUAAGAAGCACUAACUAGGUACAUAAAUCAAUUAGAAUCAUGCAUUUUAGUAUUAUUAUCAUAACAAUGGGUCACAACUGCGCCAAAUAGCUGUUUGUUUACGCUUUUUCACGAACGUCAAAUUUUGUCAACUUUUGUCAACUUUUUUUCCUGGCUGCUCCAGGUUACAAAAUUUUGACAAAAGCUCAAAAAAGUGACAAAAGCUCACAUUUUGAAAAAUUUGUCAGCAUUUUGUCACUCCCGUGGCCUUUCGCUUAAUAGAUAGAUCAACUUAAUCACUCAAAGGCGAUUUUAAAAGCCUGCACUGAGGCUCCAAGUCAAAAAUAUGACAAACUUCAUUAAACACCCGAAUGGAGUUAAGGGGGUUUCUAAAGCCAUAUCCAUUUCGACUACGGUUCAGGGCAAGUCACUGACGAGAACGAAGCUGAAUAGCAGGCGCGUAAAAGUUUAACUGCUGGAGUAGCGAUGGACAGUCGAUGUUACAUUGCAGUAAACCAGCCACAAACAGUUGUUGCGCGGUACAGCGUCUGAUGUGGAGCGGUUGCAGUCCGAGGAGCAAAAGUCGUAUUUCAUAAGAUGGUAAUCGACUGCCAGGUAGCCAAGGUAACAACCAAAAUAACCAGCUCGAGCUCUAUAGCUGAUUUGAGGCUGUUUAAUGAAAAAUCGUUCCGAUGUCGUACUUUGUGGCUGAUUAAGAGAUAAGAAGUACGUUGCGGAACUUUGGCGCUUUUUAACAAGCACUCGGUACUCGGUACGGUAACCUUGCGGCUGUUUGGCCGUAUGUGUAUAGUUCAUAAUGGAAAUUGAAGGCUUGUUAAGAUGAUGUGCCGAACUUUGUGGAACUUUAUAGCUUUUUAAUGUACGACAUCGGUACGAGGUGGCUCUUGUGAAAGUGUCAAAGACUGGUGCCGUAAAACAUCUCAUUGCUGCUGCACAAGUUAGAUAAGUUAAAUGAAGAAGGAAUAUUGUGUGCUGUGUUUGUGAUUUUUUAGUAGACUAUGUAAAAUUAUAUGGAGUUCAAGAGCUUUUAAAGUAUUAAAAUUAA